UCAUGGCAAUGGAACUGUGACAUUCAUCCUGUAGAAAGAUGAGGGUGACGGUGAGGGACGCCUUGGUGACAGCUCUGGAGAACUUGAAGAAGAACGGAUUCAAGAAGUUCCAGGCCAAGUUAUGUGACAUCGAUAUCAGAGAGAGGUAUAGGAAGAUCCCGAGGAGCCAUCUAGAAGACAAGAACCGGAGCGAUGUGGCCGAUCUCAUCAGGACCUACUACAAGGAUGUCUAUGGGGUUGAGUUGACGUUGGCGGUUCUUGAUGCCAUCAACGAGAAACUGGUGGCAGAAGAACUUCGCCGGGACUUGAAGAAAGUGGAGCGAUUUGUAAGACAAAGUGAAAUACAGGAAGGAAAAACUACAGCUCCUACAGGUGAGGAAGAGCUGUGUGUGUGCUCAAUGGGUGCAAGACAGAAGGUUGGAAGAUUUGAUAGAUUGGUGGAAGGAUUAGAACCUCUGUCAGGAUAA